GGAGGUUAUCCGUGCUGUCGAUGGUGCGGCGAACCUCAUCACGGACUGGGAGAGGGCAGAUGCAAGAGAGUUUGUUGCUCACGUAGCGUCGACAUUCGAGAAGUCAAACAAAGCAAAUGCUGCACCUAAAAAAUGUGAGGAAAAUCAUACUGCGAGCACGGCAGGUUUCAUCCCGCCAGCGCCGUAUCCAAAGGGAACGCGACCUGUAGAUGUUGUCCGGUACUUGCGGAGGCGAGUCUCGACUUCUGGGGCGAGUAGAGACGUUGCGGAGGAGAGCGCCAUUGACCCAACAACUUCCUCUAAAAGGAGUGGCAUCGACGUAGGAGACACUCCAAAAUGGACCCCUGGUCCACGUGCCAGUGUUCAUCACGAUGCUGCACUGCAUUCUCGGCUCACUACGCAACCCCCAGCGUCAGAGGCCAGUGUCGCAUUCUGUGGCUGGCUCCGCAAUGCGCGCUUGAGUACCGAGCUUCUUGACGCAUUGGAUGAGUAUGACAUUGGUACCGAAGGCGACCUUUGGAAUGCACAGAAGCGAUGGGAGUGGAGUGCAGUUCAAGAUUCUGAGGAUAAUACGAGUAUGUCAGUUCUUCCAGCAGGUACAGGCGAGAAUAACGUCGAGAAAGGAAGUAUUUAUUUCGCAGUUGAUGCUGAAGCGCAUGUCGUAUCGAAUGUAGCUUCUUGGGGUAAUCGGGCAAGGAAGGCUUCGCGAAGAAGGGCGAAAACAGAGGAGGCAUUACGACGACCUCGUAAAGCAGCAGAUGCAGAAGAGGUGCAUGACCAGAAGCGCAGCCAGGAAUCGUUAGGAAAACAAGAGGCAGAUCCAGAUGAACCCGUCAGCUCUAGGAUUUCGGGCCCAAGAACCAUGGACCUUUCAAAUAUCGGAGUCUCUGAUCUGCCAACACUUUUGUUUUGGACAAAGAACUUCUUGAUCGCUGAGGCGCUGGAUUUUCUAGCUUGGUUCAACUCCCAAGACUUUCGACAAAGAAAGACGGCAGCUUCUGAAGACUUCUCGCAGUUGAUGCUUCGUCGUAUGUGCAUUCGCGAUAUCACCAAUAGAAGCGGCGGCGAAGACUCUCUUGCUGAAGAUCAUGACGAUGGUGCAGACCAAAAUGAUCUAUCGAGUAGUGGUUCUACUUCUACUUCUAGAAGAAGCCAAAGAGCAUCGGGAGAAGUAUCAGUCGCACAGGAUAAUGACCUUGAGCGAGCAGAUACGCAUCAGACAACGACGGUGUUGGUUGAGCCACUGUUUCGGCUUCUGCUAGGGUUAUUGGUUCAAGCUGAAGUGAAACGCGCGUUCGCAGAGCCAGAACAUAUUUUCAGUGUUUGGCAUAGCUAUGGCAUUCUAGAAGACAGGGAACAUGAGGAAGCGGUAAAAAUAAUCCGAACACCGUGCACUUCUCCUGAUAUCGCCGGAGUAAACAGAAAGGCAAACGUCGAGGUCGAUUCGCAUUCCAGACCAACUGCGCAGACAAGACUGAUAAGUUCCGACAAUGAUGAGGAAGGAUUACUUUUGAUGUGGAAUCUGCCUAAGCUAUACGGCCGAAGACGGUUUGGCUUCGCUAAUAGCUUGUGGGACAUCUGGCACUUCGCUAACAGUCCACAAAAGUUUUUCCAUAAUGGCAUAAAGAUAGAGCUAACGAAUGUCAUUCCUUCGACUGUUGGACGUGGUUUGUCAUUGUAUUGGACCCGCAUCUCAGCAAUAACGACCUCUGUACGUGACGACGCACUGAAGUUAGAGUUCAUAGGUCGCGGUCCGAGCGCCAGGCAUUACCUAAUCGAGCGAUGGCAAAACGUGACUGAGCACGGCUUUAACGGCGUAAAGCACAUUUGUAGCUAUCCGGGGAGUCUAGUGUUGCCUUUUUACUCCAAAACAGGGGAGGUUGUGGCCGCCAAAAGGUUGAAAUCUCGAGAACAACUACGACAUGCAGAACAAGAAGACCGAGGGAAAGACCACAGUGAAGACUCAUCAUCUCCCCUUUUUGAAAUUCGCACACCGAAUUUGGAUAUGGCAAGUCUGCCGCAGAAGCUUUUUUGCGGUUCCCUUGGCCAUUUUCCACUCGCAGAUCCUCCAGAUGUCACAGCAAGACUGAUCGGAGCGCGUGAACCUUCCGAUGGCACCGACGGUUCGCGGAUCCAGAUGAGCGGCGGUUUACCUGCUUAUCCUGUGGAUGUCGCCAGGCAGCACAACCGGCUUCGUCGGUUUCUCUGGAAUUCACGUUUCUCGUAUCUCCAGUGGCUCUUGACAGUGGCGACGCUGGCUAUGCACAUUUUUUUGCCCGUUGAAAUACAGAAUCCGGUUGGAGGAGGAUUGGAGGAAGAUGAGCCAGUCGAGAGGUUCCUAGACGGUACAGAUGCUGCUUUUGAAACGACACCAGAGACCGGGAAUCACUUUUUCACGGCGCUUGAUCCUCUCCUUAUCCUCCUCGCUUUCGGCGUGCGCUCCUUGCACUUAUUUGGUAAAAAGUUCUCGUUUGUGGAUCAAGUCGGCCGCAAAGCUCUAGAACGGGUCUCGGAGCGCGCAGCGUUGCAACACUCGCCGUUCGGCACUUACGCUGACUGCCUAUUGCAACGCAUAGACGCAGCGGAACAGGCAGCUUUGGAUCUGAGACGGAAAGCGAGGUGUGACCACCGCAAAGAAGAUUUGGGACUAGUAAACGUGCCAACGACCACCUCCACCGUAACAAGAACUACAGUUCGAGAAGAUCUUUUUCCGCCAUCGAGAGCUGUGCAGACGGUGACCGGCGAUACGAUGGGGCUAUGGGCAGAUGACGCUUUCGCGUUGCCGAUACCGGAUGGGAGAUAUAGUAUGGACGCGCUCGAUGCUGCACUUGUAAAUGUCUUCCGCAAUAUUUACGCACAUGAACAUCGACAAAGGGAUGGGAGGGACCUGAUCUACAAUUGUGCAGGGACGAGGCAUCAAAGCUUUUAUGCUUUUUCUCAGAAAUCCAAAUCUCCAUUGCUAGAACAACAAGCGAGCCAGGAAUCCGCGGUUGUGCAAAAGUUUUUUGUGGAUAUUGGUAUCGGACGCAUGGCUGGCGAUUAUCAGAGUCGCUAUCUGCAAACAUUCGAAAAUUGGAAUGGUGUCAUGAUUGACAUGAUUGGUUCCUUAACAACCCGUUUGGGCUAUCAUGCGCGCAAAGUGACGCCUGAAAAUAUUUUAGAUGUUCUGAAGGACCUCAAUGUGCCGAAAAAUUUCGAAUUGUUCUCCAUCCACAUUGAUGGCUACGACUGGCACGUCGUCCGGAAGCUACUACAGAACCGGCAUAGACACUUCAACCCCCGUGUCCUAUUGAUCCAGAGUAAUAGCGGCUACUUCUACCCGGACCGAUUCUGGUUCCCAUUGGACCUGCCAAUGGUUCCACGGUAUAAACGCGUCAACGGCACCAGCAUCUCAGCCUUUGCGUCUGGCAAGAGAGCUUCAAGUACUCGUAAAAGUAGAAAAGAACAAGAAAGCUCUAGUAGUGCCAGAAGGACGAUCGCCGCAUUACAACAAAUGCACAGCGAGCCGUACGAGCGUGAACACGGACACCAUAAAGCCUACUCCUCGUCAGCCCGGGGGCUGCAGCGACUAGGCAACGCUUUUGGAUACAGGCUGGUCUAUUUUGGAUGGCUUUCUGUGAUUCUCGUCCGAGAGGAUGCCGUUUGGCCUGAUGCGCAGCAUGUUGAUGACCUGUUAUGUGCAAUAAUCGUGUAGGUGUAGCUGUACUCAAAGAUGUCUGAGAAAGAAACCGAUAAGCGAGCUGAUCCACUUCCAGAAGCAGUUGCAGAAUCAAAAGUCUAUUUUUUUUCGUGACCACACAAAGCAGGAUUUUCCUCUGCUAUCUCUAAGCUGUUUUGCUCUCUGUCAACGGUACGUUUUGUCGCCGCGUGGGCGCGAUCGCGCGUGGCCAGCGUCGAGGCAUAUGUGCCACGAAACAGAACUGAAGGGUUACACAGACGCAGAGUUGGCUGACUUGUAUUAUCUCGGAGACUCCUCACUCUCGGAUGCAGAUAUCCGCGAUCCAGCGAAAGAUUUGUAGGCUUGUCCUUGACUAAGAAUAACUACAUUCAUACUGUUCGUUGUAGUUUUGAUGAAUAGAAGAUACAUGCAUUUACAACUCUUCGCCAGUUUCAUUACCUUUUCUUUCAUAUAUUCUUUUAUGCCCGAUGAUUAUCGCUUUUUGUGAGGGUAUGGGCCUUCUUGUUCUUGUGUUCGAUUUCAUUCAGAGCAACGAGAUUUGUAUGGUUUAAACCGUAAGAACUAAGUCUAAGUGCAUAAAACACUCUACCCAAAACCAAGUGUGAGUUGGAUUAACCACUCGCACAGCAGAAAAAAGUCGUUGAAAUAAGGCCUCCGUUAUUUUGAGAUGACUGAAGGUACGCGUACGAGAUGAAGAAGAAAGAAAGUGUUCUUCUCAUCGACGAG